AUGGUAUCACAAAUACUUUUGUAUAGGAGUAACAUCGAGGAACUCGAACUAAUUGGUUAUAAACAUUUACCACCAGUUAAAUUUUCAACUUUUAAUGGAUUAAAAAAACUUAAGAUUAGUGGUCCUUGUAAUGUGCUCCAACAAGUACUUCAGUGUAUCACUUCAGAUAACUUGGCAAUUUUAUCUUUAUCUUUAUCUUGCCCAACUCCAGAAAUAUAUACAUGUAUUUCUUAUUUCGCCAAUUUCUCCUAUCAUUCACAUCAUGAAACAUACUUUCCAAAGUGGUCCUUCAUGGAUGGAAAGAAAAAAUUUAGUGAACUUGCUGAUUUUGCCGAUAACGAAUUAAUGGCACGUAUAUGGAGGAAACUUGAUUAUGAAUAUUAG